UCUGUCGGCCUGCCAUGGAUCGUUGCAGGGUGCGUCGCAGUUGGGAAGGAUUACACGUUCAGAAAUGUGUUGGUGGGUGUCAUUAGGAACUGAGAGCCUCACACAUCUUAAGAGAAUCUGAGCUUGAAGUCUGCGCAAUCGGAAGUUGCUUAAUGCGUAGAUUUCGUGACUCGCUGGCGCUUUUGCUUGCUGAUUGCGACGUAGGAAACAGAUGAGACAUUUAGAUGGCUUAAAAGUUCGUGUUGUGUGAUGUCACACAUCCGACAUACUUUUGGUUCGGUUCGAGUUCGGGAUUGUUGCGUCUCCGGAUAUGUUGUAUAGGAGUUAAGCUUUAUACGGAUCACCUUCGAUGGAUUCUUUGAAAUGGUUUAAUGACCUCUGUUAGCUAAUUCAUAAUCGCGAACCCCAUGGACAUUACGUGUUAAAUGAUGCUUUUCAUUUUAUGUUUUUAAUAGCAUAAUCCUACUGUUCAUAGCUCUUAGCCCGUCGAUCAGAAUUUUAUUCCGUUUUAGAUCCAGCCUCUGACUUUGUUUCGUCAAUAAUCUUUUCUGUGUUUGUUUGGGUAGAAGCGUCCAACAUUUCUGAUUCGACCACUGAAGUCAUCACGGAGUUGAGGCUCCAACCAUCUAGUGGGUCAUUCGUUCGUAUGUGCUCAUGAGCACAUUGGGGCCUCUGACAUUCUAUUCGCCUUAGAAAUAAUAAUCAGUUUGCAGCGACGUUAUUGUUACUCGGGUGUGGAAGGUCGUGUUCUAGUUUAGAAGCGAGACCUCUAUCGUCCAGGGUGAAGCGUCAUGUCACUGCUGCCAACUCUAGUGUUCUGAUUGGCGGCGUACCAUAGUGUGCUGUAUUUCUCCGAUUUGAUUUUUCUACGUCAAAACUUGGACACUGAGUUCAGUUCUGCGUAUGUGGCAUGAUCACGCUGGCAGUAGCUUUUAGGUUUCUGAUUCGUAACUUAAAGUUGUAAACAUUUGAACCCUAUUGAUGAUAGCAUCGACCCAGAUACGACUUACGAAGGCUCUUUUAUGAGCGCCAGUUAAAUUCAGCCGCAAUGCAAACAUGUUGAUGCGUUAUUGCACCAACAGAUGCAUCUAUCCAUCGAGCUUAGUCACCAGCGGGAUAAGAUAGGUUUGAUGAUUUUCCGUUCUAGCAUCUUCGGAUUAUCCCGAGUCUAGCCAUGACCACAGUGCUUAGACCUGGUUGAAUUCCUCCGAUAGGGUCUGACCCGGCGUGUCGCCUUGAGCGUCCGCUGUAGAAAUAUACCGAGGGACAAAGUUAUACGGACCGUGGCGAUCAUUUACAGAGCCUUGUUACGUCAGUGAAGAUUCAAACAUUUACAGCUUUAGGGCCGUUGGUUCCACCGUCUGAAUAACCAACAGAUGGGUCUACAAGUCCUCACUUUACAAGAAAAUUAAACUAACAAUGCGUGGCCGCAUUUUUUCUCAGCUAGUAGAAGCGCAUUCUCCCCUGCGAUCUCAUCGAAGGGCCACAUCACCAAUCACGAAGGCCGUUCCCAUUCGAACGUACAGGAAUAUAACCACUUUCCAAGGUUUAAUAAUUUGCAGUUACGUACUUGGUUUGCGUGGUUCUUCAUGCAACUAUUUUCCGCCAUUACUAUAUCCAGUUUGCACUGAUUUGAACCAGCCCGACCGACUUUUCACUUCUUGCCAGAAAACCAAGCACAGCCUGGCUGACUCACGGUUUGCGAGGUUUCGGGGUCAGCGGCUUGCAAGGCUUCGAUGCUUCCAGAAGGUUAUGAUGUUAAUUACAGGUUUGAGGGGAUUGAUGCAAGGCGCAGUUGCUAAUGUGAGUCGAGCACCAUGCAGCUGUUGGCGUGGAAAAUGGCGGUGAACACACGUCGACGGCGUUGACUGUGAAGGAGCAGUGUGCGUAAAAGCAAAAGUGUUAACUAGCUCAAUGCUCUCAACUUAAGAUUCUAAUCAGAGUGUAAGAAACUCAUGUAGUACAUUGGACGAUCAUCAUGAUCCCCAAACGGUGAUAUUGUUAGGCGUGGCUCAAACAUAGAAAUUUCUGCAGAUUACUCUACGACAUUUGAUUAAAGUGUGCUGGGAUAUUAGUGUUGUGCGCAACCUACGUACCUCCAUGGUCAGAAUGGAAAAGAAAAUUAUCGUCUUCCAAAUUUUUCUCUAAUUCCAUUCUUCGAUCAAGAUGUGCAAAAAUGUUGGCAAUCUCCAUGAAAAGAUCAUUUUCUAGUUGUUAUUACAUUCAA